UUAUUAUUUAAAAAUGCUCGUUGUCUGAAAUGGAACAAAUUAUUUCAGUAUCCAGUCGUGUUUGGAAAGACGAAGAAUUAUAAUCCUGAAUGUUACAAAGUACUCGAAGGUGCGUUUGACGUUCUGAAUAAAUUUCUGGAUGGGCAAGAUUAUGCCGCUGGACGCAAUUUAACUAUCGCUGAUCUCGCUUUAGCUGCCACUGUAUCGACGGCAGAGAUUUUCGGUUUCCAAGUGGAGAGAUAUAUUAACGUUGAUAAAUGGAUGAACAGGAUAAAAUCAUUCGCACCGGGUUAUCGUAGAGCUAAUGGGGAAGGAUUAGAAAUAUUAAAGAAAUUGAUUGAAGAUUUUAAAAAGGGCUAAUGUAUAUAAAUAUUUGUGGUAUUAAUUUGUAUAGAAUAAAUUUAAUGAUUAAAAUUCAAUAAUAAAUUGUCUUUUUCUUUGGAUAUUGCGUCUAAACGUGAUCACGCGCCAAGAGCAAGCAUAGAGAGAGCAAAUAGUGGGAGAAGGACAGAGAUAGGGUAAAAAUUCGAAAUCAACGCCAUCUCUAGAAUGCCGAAAAUAAAACUCGAUACACAAAGACAGAAAAUAAUAGGAGAAGGAUAGAGAUAGAAUAAGAAUUGAUUUUCAACGCCAUCUCUCGAUUUGCCCAAGAUAUCAUUUCAUUGUCUUUCUGCAAAAUAAGAUAGGUAACAGAAUAAGAAUUUAAGAUCAGCGCUAUCUUUUAAAAUUUUUAGAAACAUGUUUUUUAAAGAGAUAUCAUUACAUUCGAGAUGUCAAUGACGCUGAUAGUCAAUUCUUAUCUUUCUUAUCCUCUUUUCUGUCCUUGUACAUUGAGUUCCAUUUGCUACAUUCAGGAAAUAACAUUAAUUCCCACAUUUUUACUCUAUUUCUAUCUUUCUCUUAUUAUUUUAUUUCCCUCGUUUAUAUCCAUUUUGUAAAAUUUAU